AUGCCCAUGAAUAAUGAUUUGAAGAUUCAGCUGUUGCAGUCUGGAGUACGAGAGCUUGUGAGACUUGAGACAGAGCAAGUUGACAUUGGGACAGUUUGUGAAAUUGUACUUGGUCUGUCCAUUGAACACCUUGAUCUACGAUUGAAUACCCAUUUUAAGUUUAAAUCUGAUACUGAACUUAAUGGAUGUCUUGGACUUAGAAAGAUUCGACUUGCUGACUCUUCCAAGCUUGUGGACCUGAGUUUUGUUCAUUUUUUCAAAAAUCUGAAAGUCUUGGAGUUAGAACAUAUUCCACUGCAAUCACUUGACUCUCUCUGUGAAACUUCUGAUCCUGUUACAUCAUUACAAAUGAUCUAUCUAUAUUCUGCUGACCACCUCAAGAUUACCAGAAGGUGUUUUUUUUGUCUAAGAAGUCUCAGUACUCUAGUACUACCUAUGAACGACAUAUCUGUGAUUGAAGACUUUGCAUUUGAAGGACUUGAAAAGUUGCAAAUUUUAAACCUGCAGCACAACAACAUUUCUGAAAUUAAGACAUUCACUUUCUCUGGGUUGGAUCAUUUAGAAUCACUGAUGCUUGACUAUAAUGUGUUGAAACACAUUGAGGCCUCAUCCUUCACCAAUUUAACUUCCUUACAGAAUUUCUCAGUUGGAUGCCUCAUGCAACCCUCUACCGAGACGUCAAAAGUCCAGAUCAACUUAGGCCUUAUAUUUGGUACUUUCCCAAGCAACCUCACUCAUCUUUACAUCAGCUCCUGCAGCCGUCCCAUGAACAUAAUCAUUGGAAGCAACAGUGCUCCUAGACCUGGUCUUACUCUUCAAGUCUAUGGAAAAGAGGUCAGUCUUGAAGAUUGUGAGAGACCAUUCUUUCAGUCUGUGGUGGGUCUUAACAUUAUAACACAGCAGUUCUUAUGUGGCUCCCAGUUUCCAGGGAAGUAUUUCAAAUACUUGGAGAAUAUUUGGUUUCAGCCUCAAACGAUGUCCAGUUUUGUAGAUCUAGUUGAUCUUAACACACUUUUGCACCUUAAAGGGAUACAUUUCCAGAAAACAGACUUCUCUGCACAGCCUCAUGUCAAAACAAUGUUCCACAAUCUUACAGAGUUAGAAUAUUUAAAGUUCUAUCUAUGCCGCAUACCGUCUUUGAACGAAGAUCUUACCAGAGACUUAAAGUCUCUGAAAUUGUUCAUCCUCAUAGAGGCUCAAGAGUUUAGUUUAAUGGAAAACUUUCCAAGGCCACUUGCAAAUUUGCAGUUGCUCUUUCUGUCUAAUGUGGUGCUACGUUGCAGCUGUGAUAAUGCUUGGUUCAAUGAAUGGGCAGAGCUACAAAAGCAAAUUCAAGUGGCCAUGGUUAUGACUUCUGAAAAGAAAGGUUAUGCAUGUAAAAAUGCCAAUGGCCUUCAAAGCUUCAAAAAGUUUGCCCAGGCUAACUGCUUUGUAGACAUGGAAUUUGUGUUGUUUGUAUCCACAUCUCUUGGAUUACUCUUCUUCAUGAUAGUGGUUUUACUCCAUAAGCUUUCUGGUGACUACCUUCUGGCCUUUAUUUACAUUGCACGUGGUUGGGUGGAGGAAGCCAUGCGAGGGAACACUAAGGGACGCUAUCAGUUUGAUGCCUUUGUCUCAUAUUGUGGAAAAGAUGAAAGCUGGGUGGUGGACGAGCUUCUUCCUAACCUGGACAGACGGGGCCCCCCUUUCCUGCGCCUCUGCUUGCACAGCAGGGACUUCCAGCUUGGCCUGGACAUUGUAGAGAACAUCACGGACAGUCUAUACAAGAGCCGCCGCACCCUCUGCCUGGUCAGCCGCCACUAUCUUCGCAGCAAGUGGUGCUCGUUAGAGAUGAGCCUGGCCACACACCGCUUGAUGGCUGAGCACAGAGAUAUCCUGAUACUUGUGUUCCUGGAGAAGAUCCCUGCUCGACAACUAUCGGCCCACCACAGGCUGGCUCGCUUAGUAAAGACCAGAACCUACAUAGACUGGCCUAAGGACCUCCAAAAACAGGCCAUAUUCUGGGAUAGACUGUGGGCCAAGCUAGCACCAGAUCUUGUCAGAAGAAAGUAA